AGCGCACCGGGCGCCGGGAGAUUGCUGGGCGGGGUGGUUGUGGUGCUUGCAGCUUGCUACGCCCGGAUCAGCUAGACCGAGAGGAGUGACCGGGCCCGGAGCGUGGCGCGGCUGAAGGCGACCUGCACCGGUCCAGCCCAGACUUCAGUCUCUUCUAGAACCAAGAUCCAGAAGUGAGCAGAACCCGGAUGACGGUCUACCUGGUGGCUUGGAGCCCUGCAUGACCAAAGGUCUGGUCUCUGAGGAAGACAAACCCUACCAGGGAACAGAGACCGCCCCCGCCCCCUAAUCUAAGGGCACAAUGGCAGCCUCAGCCCCCUUGAGGAGCCUGGAGGAAGAGGUGACCUGCUCCAUCUGCCUGGAUUAUCUGCGGGACCCGGUGACCAUCGACUGUGGCCAUGUCUUCUGCCGCAGCUGCACAGGUGAUAUCCGCCCCAUAUCUGGGAGUCGCCCAGUCUGUCCGCUCUGCAAGAAGCCCUUCAAGAAGGAGAACAUCCGGCCUGUGUGGCAGCUCGCCAGUCUGGUGGAGAACAUUGAGCGGCUGAAGGUGGACUCUGGCAGGCAGCCGGGAGAGCUGGCCCGAGAGCCGCAGGACAUGAAGCUGUGUGAGCGGCACCAGGAAAAGCUGCACUACUACUGUGAAGACGACGGCAAGCUGCUCUGUGUGAUGUGCCGUGAGUCCCGCGAGCACAGACCCCACACUGCCGUCCUGGUGGAGAAGGCUGCCCUGCCUCACAGAGAGAAAAUCCUGAACCACCUGAACACCCUAAGGAGAGACAGAGAAAAAAUUCAGGGCUUUCAGGCCAAGGGAGAAGCUGAUAUUCUGGCUGCGCUGACGAAGCUGCAGGAGCAGAGGCAGUACAUCGUGGCGGAGUUUAAGCAAGGCCACCAGUUUCUAAAGAAGCGGGAGCAGCACCUGCUAGACCAGCUGGCCACCCUGGAGCAGCUCCUCACUGAGGGCAGGGAGAAGUUCAAGACCCGGGGCGUCAGUGAGCUUGGCCGGUUGACUCUUGUCAUCUCCGAGCUGGAAGGCAAGGCACGGCAGCCUGCUGCGGAGCUAAUGCAGGAUGCCUGCUCUACACAGGACAGCAAGGACUUUGCCAACAGGUACCCACGGAAGAAGUUCUGGAUUGGGAAAGCCAUCCCUCACAUGGUUAAGAGGAAAGCAGGAGAAUUCUCAGAUAAACUUCUCUCUCUGCAGCGAGGCCUCAGGCAGUUCCAGGGCAAGUUGCUGAGAGACUUGGAGUACAAGACAGUGAGUGUCACCCUGGACCCACAGUCGGCUAGUGGGUACCUGCAGCUCUCGGAAGACUGGAAGUGUGUGACCUAUACCAGCCAGUACCAGAGUGAUGGCCUGCACCCCCAGCAGUUUGACUGUGAGCCAGGGGUGUUGGGCAGCAAGGGCUUCACCUGGGGCAAGGUGUACUGGGAAGUGGAGUUGGAGCGAGAAGGCUGGUCAGAGGAUGAGGAUGAGGGGGAAGAAGAAGAAGAAGGGGAAGAGGAGGAAGAAGAUGAGGAGGCUGGCUAUGGGGAUGGAUAUGAAGAUUGGGAAACAGAUGAGGAUGAGGAAUCACUAGGGGAGGAAGAGGAGGAAGAGGAAGAAGAGGAGGAGGAAGUUCUGGAAAGCUGCAUGGUGGGAGUGGCCAAAGACUCUAUGAAGAGGAAAGGGGACCUGUCCCUGAGGCCAGAGGAUGGUGUGUGGGCCCUUCGGCUCUCCUCCUCAGGCAUCUGGGCUAACACGAGCCCCGAGGCCCAGCUCUUCCCAGUGCUGCGGCCCCGGAGAGUGGGCAUCGCCCUGGAUUAUGAAGGGGGCACCGUGACGUUCACCAAUGCAGAGUCACAGGAACUCAUUUACACCUUCACGGCCACCUUCACCCGGCGUCUGGUUCCCUUCCUGUGGCUCAAGUGGCCAGGAACACGCCUCACGCUGAGACCCUGAAUUCCAGAACCUGCCUAGGCCACACUACAGAAUCUGCAGUUCUCUGAGAUUCAAGGACUCUUGAGAUGAAGAAGGGUUGCCUGGAUCCCAUACCUGUGGAAGCUUCCUUUCUGUGGGAUCCCAAAACUGUGUGAUGGAGGACAUGCUUGGCCAGAGCGGGAGGUGGAGGGGAGUCGAGGGGCAUCACAUCCCAUCGCACCCAUGUCCCCACCGCCACGGCCAAGCUCUCUCAGCGCUGUUGCUCCGUAUUUCUUGUUCUAACUUCUCACCCCCCUGCCCCGUUUCCUCUGGGAUCUCCUGCUCUGAAGACCAAAUGACCCCCUCCUUCCUGAGCAUCCAUUUGUCUUGACUCUGUGCUCUCUGCUGAGUAGGGGCCGCAUCAGCGUCAUUUUCUGGUUCAGUUGUCCAGUGCUCAUAGGCAUUGAGUGACAUCUGAAACCUUUUUGCUGUCCUCAGACUUGAGGUUCCUCUUUCCCCAAACUGCUCUUGCCUACCUUCCCUGGCUUCCUACCCCACUAGAGUUAAAUAUCUGAAGAAGCGAGAAUGAACAUAGUCCAGACCCACUCAAGUGUCCAAGGCGGUGUGAGUUUGUGCCCUGAGUGCUGGUGGAUCAUCCCCUGGUGUAGUUAGCAGAACUCAUGGCCUCCAAACCCAGAGCUGAGCAGGUGGGACUCCCCAGGGCCAUCUGUGUCUCCGAAAGCAUCUAGGUACCGUGACUCAGGCAGCAACUGUGGUUAAUAAAUUGCCUCUGCAGAGUAGUCCUUGUGAAGGGAGUUUCUAAAACAAUCCCAACAUCUUGCUCUUGAUCAGUGACCUACGAACACUGAGGCCAGUACCCAGGAGGUCAGAACUACCCCUGCCUUGGGGUCUCCAGCUACUACUGCCUCUGGACAGCUUUAGGCCUCUGUUGUUGGCACCAAGUAGUGUCCAGAAUCACUGUCUUCAGAGCUGGAUUGGAGAGGGAAGACAGGAUCGUGAGGAAUCUCAAACCCCCGUCCUAGGUCUUACUGUGAGGGGCGCGCGUGCUGUGUCCCCCUGCUGACCCAGCACCAGCCCCUUUCUUCAGUCACCACGGUCCACAGUUAGCCAACACGAUGCCCCUCUUUUUAUCCUUAAACAUUCCACAUUUCCUCUUCCUGUCCUACUGUUCAGCUCCUCUUUGCUCUUGAGAGACUGCUCCCAGACACCGAAUCUUGGUGACCGCAGAGUCACCACUGUCUCAAGACCCGAGCACUUUGUAUCACAUGCUGCCUGAGCCACUAGUACACACCCGGUGGCUCCCUCGCCACCCUUUACUUCCUGGAAUUAAUCAUCUUCUCUUCCUUCUCUUUUAAUUCAUUUCUCGUGUCUUUAUGCCUAAAUAAACCACAAGUUCUUUUCAA